CCGAGCCGUGCCCAGCCGAGCCGUGCCCAGCCGAGCCGAUCGCAGCGGCCAUGGGCGUGCGGGGCUGCCUGCGGGCGGUGAGCAGCUACUCCAGCCCGCAGGUGGUGGUGGUGCGGAACGGGCACCUUGGCACCGCGUACCGGGCGCUGCAGCUCCUGGUCCUGCUCUACUUCACCGGGUAUGUGUUCAUCAUUCAGAAGGGCUACCAGGAGAGGGAAAUGGGCCCAGAGAGCUCCGUCAUCACCAAGGUCAAGGGUGUGACACAGUCACCAAGCAAGGUCUGGGAUGUUGGGGAGUACGUGGCCCCUCCAGAGGGUGGGAGCAGCUUCAGCAUCCUCACGCGGGUGGACAUCAGCCCUGCCCAGGUCAUGGAGACCUGUCCUGAGGGCCCAGCGGUUGCCGAUGCCACGUGCAGCUCCGACCAGGACUGUGUCCCCAGGGACACGGACACGUCUGGCCACGGGCAGAGGACAGGGCGCUGCGUGCCCCAGGCCGGUGGCACCGGGAAGAGCUGUGAGGUCCUGGCUUGGUGCCCAGUCGAUGGAGGCAGCAUCAGUGAGUCCCUGGCAGAGAUGGCAUCACAAUUCACCGUCCUCAUCAAGAACAACAUCCACUUCCCCCGCUUUGGCUUCUCCAAGGGCAACAUUCAGGCAGCUGAGAGCGGCUACCUGAAGAGCUGCAUGUUCAACACCACCUCUGCCCUUUACUGCCCCAUCUUCAAGCUGGGCUUCCUCGUGGAGCAGGCGGGCGAGGACUUCGCGGAGCUGGCUGAGAAGGGUGGGGUGAUCGGUGUGAUCAUUAGCUGGAACUGCAACCUGGACCUGCCCGACGCCGAGUGCAACCCCCACUACUCCUUCCGCCGCCUCGACCCCAAAGGGGCUUUGGCUUCCCCAGGCUACAACUACAGGUUUGCCAAGUACUACAACUGGAAUGGGACCCGCUCGCGAGUGUUGAUCAAGGCCUACGGGAUCCGUGUGGAUGUGAUUGUGCAUGGCCAGGCAGGAAAGUUCAGCCUGAUCCCCACCAUCAUCACCCUUGCCACAGCGCUCACCUCGGUGGGACUGGGCUCCUUUGUCUGCGACUGGAUCCUGCUGUGCUGCAUGGACAAGGAGCAGCGGUACAGCAGCAGGAAAUUCGAGCAGGUAGGAUAACUUGCUCAGCUCAAGACCAUCCAGCCCCCCCCCAGCUCUGAGUGACCUGCUUGCCCGUGUGGAGCUGCACCCGUGGACGGGUGGGAUGUGCCCUACAGCC